GGGCUUUUGCCCUCACUGCAGGGAAAAAAAGACGCAGAAAAACACCUCCAGAACCCACUUGUAAAGGCAGUAUGGGGAAAAAUAAAAAAAAAGCGAAAACAACUGACUUGGUCGAAAAAGAAAACCAAGAGAAACCAAUACAAAAGACACCUCCACACAGUAUCUCAAGUCAGAGUGAAAAUGAUAAGACAUGCCAGAAAGAUGUGACAAGCACUGCUUUAACCUGGGAUGACAAGGUGGAGCAAGACUUACAGGUGUUAAAAGACUGUACAGAGGAGAAUACAGAAGAAGAACACAUACCAACACGUAUAUCUAGUGAAAUAGCCGAAGUAAACAAAGAAACAUCAAAACAAAGACACGUUCUAAAUGAUGACUGUGCAGAAAACACAGAUAUCUCGCUUGAGGAAAAAGAGGGCUCAGAAGACUCAAAAAGGAUACUUUCACCAGAUAUGAAAACUGAAUCUACAGAAAUACAAGAAGUCUCCAAG